AUGACCUACAACUCCCAGCUGGAUUGGUGGAACCAACCUGUGGACAACAUUCACCGCCUGUCAAUCACUCCUCACUGUCGCUCCGACAGCAUUCACGCGUCAGAAUACCCUUUGCAACAGCAGAAUUCAGAGCGUGACUCCGGAUUCUUCGCACCAGCUCACGUCAAUGAUGUAUACCAAAGCACUCAGGCUAUGCCCAACUACUGGGUCGGUGAUCUGCCUCAAUUCACCGAGACCUCUAUGCCUUUCGCUUUGCUUCCUGCUCAAACCACGCCUGGAAACUAUGCGAGCCAAUGUAUACCAUCAGCAUCACUGCCUCCAGCUGCUUUUAGCAAGGAACCUCUGCUCAUCGACCAAUUCUCCAACAACGAUCUGACGGUGUUUGAUAACACCAGUCCAACCUCAUUCUUUCACAACCAGAUUCUCCCUCUAUCGGAUGUGCCGGCCUUGGAUUAUGACAACGUGUCAGAUGAGAAUGCGUAUGGCCGUAGGCAAUGGACCGAUUCUCCCAUGCCAGAUGAAAUCGGCAGUCUGGCAGGUUCUGGUGAGACUGAUGACAGCUUGGAGAACUCGGAUCCAUGCUAUGCGGAACUGCUCAGGCAGGCCUUGAUGGAGAAGAAAGACGAUCACACCAUGCUUCUCAAGGACCUCUACGAGUGGGUUCGCACCCACAGUUCGAAGGCUCAGGAUCCUAGCAACAAAGGCUGGCAGAACAGCGUACGCCACAAUCUUUCCAUGAAUGCGGUUGGUGUUUCUGGCAUGUCCUCAACUCGGCUCUUGCUAAUAUUAUGCCAGGCAUUCGAAAGAGUCCCUCCACCCAACCAAGAGGCCGGCACCAAGAAGACAAGCUACUGGCGACUUACCAAGCAUGCUGUCGAGCACGGCAUUAGCUCAACUACUCGCUAUCGCAAAGAUAGCAAGCGCAAGACGCAACGCAAUCCCAAUCCCGCACCCAUCCGCGUUCAGGCAGGUGCCAAGGGUGGGCAGGCAACACGCAGAUCUGUCCGCCGCCAGCAGAUGGCUGCCUCUCCACUGAGCAACCACUCAUCCUCUUCCGAGGCGGCACGUCAACGCAAUCUUCGCCGACCACAUCAGCUUCGCCAGCAUCCCAUUACUCAGGUCGACGCAUCCCCGUUGCAGCAAAGACUUCCACAGACUUUGCCCAUCAACACACCAUCCUACUUUGGAAACACAACAGAGAUGUUCAACGUUCCCAACCCCUAUCCGGCCGACAACAACAUCGACGACAAUCGCGAUCUUCUUGGACCAUAUUGCAGCACUCAGCCAUACCCAGACUGGUCUACCUCGCCUUCACCCAUGAGCCAGCACGCCAGCGAGACUAGCGGUUGGCGGAUGGAUCGCAAGCCCUUCGGUAUCUGA